AUGAGAAUCAAACCUGUUUUUAUUCUCCCCUCUACGAAACUUUUCAAGGGCGGAGGCUCAAUAAGAUAUCAGUCUAGCAUUAGACAUGCCAAUUUAGGUGAGAUUUCGGAGUACUUAUUGAAAGUUGGUGUUCCAAAUAUGUUACAGAAAUCCUUGGAAGAUCGAUAUUUGGAUGAGAAUAUAAGGCUACGUUUUCUUCCAACUACGCAUCCGUAUUUCCCCGCGUUACAAGGUAAGACCAAGUACAAGGCCUCACUGAAUGCUAUAAGACUCAUAAGCAACAAACUCAUAUUGAAAAAAAACUGUCAAUUGCAUAUAACAUCUGCGACCACACUAUUACGGGACAAGGAGGAUAAUCGAUAUAAUUGUGUUACACCCUGUGAUAAAUUGGUAAUUAAAUGGCAGAGUUGUUUGCCAGGGGAAAAUAUAAAACACCUUCGUGGUAAAACCACCUCUGUACCUCAGAAUUUGUUAAGCGACUCUACACCACCAAUAGUGGAUUACAUUCUCCAUCCUUCUGGUAAGAAAUUCUCUGGCGAAAUGAUUCGCGAUGAUGGGUCUCUUGUACAAGAAAAUCUGAUAAAUCGUGCAGUGAAAGGAAUUUUCAUAUUUGAAUUUAAUGACGAUAACUCUAGAAUACUGGUACAUACAUUUGAAGAUGUGGAGAUGAUUGAUUAUGACAAAAAAAUACAAACAGGCGCAUUGGCAUGUUAA